AUGGCCGAAGUUCCGGAUUUUUCUGGCCAUCCUCCGAUUCCGUCUUCUUCGCUGUCUUGUCCUUCCGAAUGGCCCGUACCUCGAGGCAAAAGCGCCCGUCGCCAAGCAGACGAAUCGGUGCCAAAGAGACCCAACGCAACUGCACUCGUGUUGAGCUUCAACGCACGACCCCGAAGGCGAAGGCAUCGCAUCUCCAUCGAGUCCAAACUCGCACAAAAACUCAAAAUGUUCGCCUUGAAACACCGCCGUGGACCGUGA